AUGACUAUGAUUUCGUAUUGUAUAAUACUACUACUUAUUGUAAAUAUUAUAAAUUAUACAAAUGAACGUUUUAUUUUUGGUGCCUCGGCAUCAGUAACAAAUAUAAUAUAUGUCGGUGACGGAGGCCCAUAUUUUACUCCUUCCUUAACGUUUACUUUGCCUGGAAACACAGUAGAGUGGAUAUGGAGUCAAUAUACAACAGUGGCGGGAACGUACGAAGUAGUGCAGACUACUGCACACAAUGACUGUACCCCUCUUGUGGGAGGGUUUCAAUCUAAUUCAAUGACAACGGGCGGACAGGGAAAUAACCGAUUUAGCAUAACAAUCAGUCAGCAAUCUGGAGAGAUAUAUUAUGCAUGUAAUUUAAACAAUCACUGCGCAAAUAGUAGUAUGCAAGGUGUAAUAAGAAUUCUUGUUUCUCCCAUUACCACUUCGUCCGGGCCAACCAGCAACUCAGUUAGCGAUUCAUCUGGUAGCGGAUUCGGAUGGGAUCAACUACGAAAGUUUUUGCCAAUCUUAAUCCCAGCGUUGCUGUUGGUCAUUAUCUGUAUUUCUCUUGCAUGCCGUAGACAUCAUAAAAAGAAUGAUGCGACAAGAACUGCGAGUGCUGAGUAUCUGGCUGGCGACGUCAGGGAACGUGAUGUAAACGAACAUAGGCGUUAUGGAAGAUCACUAAGAAUGUCGAGCUUAUGA